AUGCUCGCGACGCUGGCUCGAGCGGUAGAGCAGGAGGACCGUAGAGAAGAGCUGUCCAUGCAGCUGGCAGAGGAGACGCGGACUCUGGACGUGCUAGGGGCGGAGGUGCUCCGCUUGGAAGGUCGCACACGGGCACUGGAAGAAGCUGCCGCUGUUGCUGCUGCUGCGGGAUAUGAAGGAGAGGCACAACGGGGCGCGUCAGUGAUCGACGGACUCUCUAAAGCGCGGGUGGCAUUGGCGCUCAAAAGCGCUGCCGCGAGGAGGCAGCGCGACACCGUCAAGACGAUGACUUCCGAGGUGCGCCUUGCCGACGUCCAAGUCGCGGCUUCCUGGCAUGACGUCAUGUCCCCCAUGCCUCCUCCUUCCGAUGGCGAAGCCGUCAACAGCACGGAAGCCCCGAUAUUCAGCGGUGGCUCUACCGUUUCUUCGGCAUCGACAACGGCGACGGGGGUGGCGGGGCGCAUAGCGACGUCUACAAAUGCUCCUGGCGGGGGAAUACGUCGUCGAAACGAUAGCGGCGAAGACUCAUUAGCAGCAGAGACGGCGGGAGAGAUGAUGAGGUUCCAGAUCGAGGCUGGCGACGGUCUUUCCACGGCCGAUGCUGCAGAUCUCACAUUUAUUCUUCGAAAGUCAGUGGCAGUGCCGGGGUCAACGCCGCUAGAAGUAAAGCCCGGCCUGGCUGCACGGAAAGUGCUCCGCACGCUCAGGAUGUACGUCACGAGGCUUCGGGUGACCAAGGACAACGAAGCUAAGGCGGAGGAGAUUGAAUGGAAAGAAAAGCUGGAGGAACACAGGCUGGCGGCGACUGUCGUCAUCCAGCGGUGGGCGCGAAGGGUCCGACACGACACGACCAUGAUUUUCCUUGCCAAGCAGAAGGAAGCGUUGGAGACUAUUCUGAAGGAUGCCAUGAUUCGCGAAGCAGACCAGAGAUAUUGGCGAGCCAGGAUCAAGACCCAGACUCCCAUUCUACGGGCUUGGAGGCGAGUACAAGGACCAACCUUGUGA